AUGUGCCAAACCUUGUCAUCACGAUUGGAGGAAAUGAUUACACAGUGGAUCCAUCAAAUUUCAUGGGUCAAUAUGAUGUCGGAAAGUGAGCUGAAAUCUGAGCUCGACGAUGCGAAAACUUUUGGUGGCGAUGAUGUUGAUGGUGACUGUGACUGUGACUGUUGCCCUUUCGUCGAGUACCAGCCCCGAAAAACAGGAAGUGUCAAUCAAUUU